AUGAACCCCACCUUCAGGAGCAGAGAGUCCGUGUGCAGAAACCUGUUCGGCCCGGUGGACCAUGAGCAGCUGCGCCGGGAUCUGAAGCAGAGGCUGAAGGAGAUCACGGAGCAGGACAGCCGCCGCUGGAACUUUAACUUCCAGACUGACACGCCGAUGUGUGGCAGGUUUCAGUGGGAGGAAAUCCCCGCAGACUGCGCCGCUGCUGUCUACCAGGAGCCUGCAGGGCUCACGGACAGACUCUGGUCUCCAAAAUGCGCAGAGGAGGAGGAACGGCUGAGCGCAAAGAUCGACCAGGAGAACUGCUCCAGCAUCUCCAACACGCCGAAGUGUCCCGCUGAAGUGACGCCCGUCCGGAGGAAGAGGACGCACGCAAAGUCUGCAGGCAAACCCAGAAACAACUUGAGAAUCACAGAUUUUUUCGCAAAGAGGAGGAGGUCAACAGAAACAAAGAGCAUCCUGAAUCCUUUCCACUCAGGCUCCAGUGAAGCAGCUCAGUGCAAAACUAUCAGAUGA